AUGGAGUCAAUCGCUAGCGGGUCAUCAACUCGUCUUUGUGCACUUUGUUCAAUCCCUGCACGUUAUACUUGUCCGAGGUGCUCAACUCCAACAUGUUCUCUAACCUGCUCUCGUACCCACAAAUCCAACACUGGAUGUAACGGUGAACGCAAUAAGGCGGCUUAUGUGCAGAUGAAUGCUUAUGGGUGGGGCACGAUGAUGCGCGACUAUUGUUUUCUCGAAGAAGUAGGCAGAAAAGUGAGCGGAUGGGGAGGUGAAAUUGCUCGUGAAGGUUAUGCAACAAAUGCGAAGGUAAAAGAUACGAGGGGAAGAGGGGGUGCACGGGGUGCCAGGGGAAGAGGCAGAGGUGGAAGGGGCCUUUCAAGGGGUGGUGGAUCAUCCAAAAGAGAUUUGCUAAAAGCUCAUCUAGACAACUUGGACAUCGAGAUGGAUGUCCUGCCCGUUGGAAUGCAACGCAGAAAGGUAAACCAGUCAACUCUUGAUGCAAAGUCGCAGGCUGCAUUAUUGACGAUAGAGUUCAGGUUUUACCCCGGAGCGUCGCAAUCUUCUUCAUCUGCGGCAUCAGUUCCAUAUACCACACUUGUGCACCGCAACCCCAUCAAUUCCUCUCUAAUCACCCUUCUUCAGAGACAUAUUCCUCAGCAUCCAUGUUCCAACAAGGACCAUCCCAAGCCGAAGAAAGAUCAUCCUUGUCCAGACUGGGUUACUUCUCUUGUUCACCCCCAUCCAGACGAUCCCGAAGGCUUCAAAAUUCCUCUCUGUUACCUACCUGCACAAAUGGACUUGGCCAGUAUUCCGUAUUAUCCAGGUGUCGGAGUGCAGACCGGCCCAUCUUUCUAUAAACUUUGCCCCUCUCAGACUCUUCACGAAUUGCUUCAGGGAACGCACUUCGCGGAAUUUCCCACCAUCCACGUAUACGAUCCGGAUUUGUCUACAUCCGCUGGAAAUAUUGUGGCCAAAAGGGGUCAGCCCUCGCCGAUGUCCGAGCACGAGCACGAUGUCAGAGCUAUCAAAAGGCGAAAGCUAAGUGCGAAAGCGGGGAGAAAGGCAAUCUCAGGACUCGUCGGCGACUACGGAAGUGAUAGCGAGUCUGCAUCGGAAAAAGGAGCGGCAAACGAGACACGAGACGAGCUGGGGGCUUUAGGGAGCUAUGCGGAAAGCGAAAAUGGCGACCAAGACUCUCCUGCAGAGGCACGCACCGCUGAAGAUGACAUGACCAGCACAGGCUCUUUCUCAGCUGAUGAAGGAGAAGGCCCCGAGCUUGAUUAUGCUGCCGUUCUCGAGUUGAUCAAGCAAGCACACGGCGCAGCCGACGAUGAUUCGGAGGCGGUAGAUUGGGGUGACGAUUGGGAUGAAGACGUAGCGGAGUAA